UCACCGCAUGCGGCCUUCCACCCCUGAAUUCGAGUCAUUUCCACCCUCUUGUCGCUCUCGGGUGGCUAUUGAAAGUCUCCCCUUUCUACUCUUCGCUUUCCACACCAAGUUCACAAACCAAAUCUCUUAAUUGUAUUUGGCACCAUGGCUGAAGGCGCAGGCGUGUAUCCAUCUUUGCCGAAUCGGCCUUUGCAGGGGACCAUUUGUCUUUUCGAUGUUGACAACACACUGUCCCUCCCGAGAAGGGGUGCCACGCCAGAAAUGCUGGAACUCCUCUCUCGACUCCGCCACAAGUGUGCUAUCGGAUAUGUUGGUGGAUCGGACUUCGCCAAGCAGCAAGAACAACUCGGCUCAGCUACAACAAACGUCACAUCCCUCUUUGACUUUUGCUUCCCGGAGAACGGUUUGACUGCUUUCCGUCUUGGACAGCCGCUCGCUGGUACCAGCUUCAUUGAGUGGAUUGGAGAGGAAAGAUACCAGGAGCUGGUCAACUUCUGCCUUAAAUACAUCGCGGACCUGAAGAUUCCUAAGAAGCGUGGUACCUUCAUCGAGUUUCGCAACGGAAUGAUCAAUGUCAGCCCUAUUGGCAGGAACGCUAGCUUCGACGAGAGAAAUGAGUUCCAAGCAUACGAUGAUGUGCAUCACAUCCGUCGAGACUUGGUGGAAGCUCUCAAGAAGAAGUUCCCUGAUUGGGGUCUCACCUACUCCAUUGGCGGCCAGAUCUCCUUCGAUGUUUUCCCUACUGGCUGGGACAAAACCUACUGCCUGAAGCAUGUCGCCGCUGAGAAGGAGAUAUCUGGCGUGGAGUACAAGACGAUUCACUUCUUUGGAGACAAAUGCUUUGAGGGAGGCAAUGACUACGAGAUCUACAGCGACCCUAGGACAAUCGGUCAUGCCGUCCAAAACCCCGAUGACACCAUGAAGUUAUUAAAGGAGCUGUUCGAGCUAUAGAUGGGCUGAAGAAAUGCUAUGGUCUGGCUUUCUCCUAAAAGUGAUCUAGAUGGAUUUGGGUGAAAUUGGAAUAACUGAGCUCGCGUUGGGUACCGAGGAAAAUAAACUAAUUGCUUUAGGGGCAUGAAUGGUUUGUACUGUAUACUGUACAUGGUUGCUAUGUGAAGUAUAAUUUGAAUCAGUC